AUGGCGUCGAACCUUCCGUCGGAGCUGGACAACGACUCAUUAGCCUCGUCGCCGAGAUCGGAGUACGAUAAUCAGCCACGUGUACGGUUCAUGUGCACGUUUGGAGGAAGGAUCCUGCCACGUCCGCCCGAUAACCAGCUCUGUUACGUCGGCGGCGACAAUCGUAUGGUCGCCGUUCAUCGUCACACUACUUUCGCCUCUCUCCUUAGUAAACUAGCGAAACUCUCCGGUAAAAGCAACAUUAGCGUGAAGUACCAGCUACCAAACGAAGAUCUUGACGCGUUGAUCUCCGUAUCAACGGACGAAGAUGUAGAGAACAUGAUGGACGAAUACGACCGCAUCGCACAGAAUCAAAACCCACGCGCCUCUCGUCUCCGUCUCUUCCUCUUCACCAAAAACAUCGCCGGGGAAGAAGAUAACGAUAGUCGAGCUAGCAGCAUCAGCUCUCUCCUCGAUAGCUCAGUCAAUCGUGAGCAAUGGUUCCUAGACGCACUCAAUCUCGGCUCCUCCGCCGCAGCAACCGCCGCGAUUAAUGGCGGAUCCGGCAGAGGAAUCGAGCGCGUCAGAUCUGAAGUCUCGUCGAUCGUCUCCGAAGUUCCUGAUUACCUCUUUGGAUUGGAUAACUUCGACGAAACUGCUCCGCCGCACGAGUUUCGUGAUCGUGAUCCGAGAGCUAAAAUACGACGGGAAGUCUCGACACUUUCGGAUCCUGGUUCGCCUCGUCGCGACAUUCCUUCGCCGUAUGGCUCUACCUCCUCCGCCCCUGUGAUGCGGUCACCUACACCGGAACUUCAACCGGUUUUAACUAAACCGGACAGUCCAGAACCGGUUUCGACUCCAAAAGCCGAUCCUCAACCGGAGCAAGUAAUUCAACAGAGUAAUCACCCGGUUAACUCGCAAUGGCAAUACGCCCCUGGCCCACAGGUUCAGUACCAGUCACCGGUUUAUUACGUUCCUGGUUCGGUUCAACAAAGUACUCAUAUGGUUCAACAGGGUAAUCAUAUGAUUCAACCGGGUAAUCAUAUGGUUCAACAAGGUAAUCACAUGAUUCAACAGGGUAAUCAUAUGGUUCAACCGGUUCAAAUGCCGGGUCAGUAUCUUCCACAAUACCAACAACAUGUACCAAUGGGAUACCAUCACCAACCUCAGCAUCAUCAGAUUCCUGGUCCCGGUCCGGGUCCGGGUCAAGCAUAUGGUGGAACGGUUAGGCCGGUUAUGAUAGCAGUUGAGGGAGUCAACCGGACGGCUUAUUAUGGUAUGAAAGCACCCGGUCCGGUUCAGAUGUAUCAACAGCACCCUGGUAUGGUUGUUCCUGGUGUAGAAGAACAAUACAGAACCGAACCGGAUUUGGAUCCGGGUCGGGCUUCUUAG